GGGCUCAGGAGGCCGCGAAAAGUGCAGGCUGGCCGGGCUGGGAGAACCGCUGAGAGAAGUCCAGGAGGCAGCAUGGAGCGUGGACCGCCUGUUUUCGACAAGCCCAAGGUAGAACUGCAUGUCCAUCUGGAUGGAGCCAUUAAACCUGAAACUAUUUUACACUUUGGCAAGAAAAGAAAAAUUUGUCUCCCUGCAGAUACUCCAGAAGGCCUCCUAAAGCACAUUAGCUACAAAGAGCCACUCAGUCUUACAGAGUUCCUAACAAAGUUUUCCCACUACAUGCCAACAAUUGCGGGAGACCGCGAUGCUGUGAAAAGAAUAGCUUAUGAGUUUGUGGAAAUGAAAGCCAAGGAGCAAGUCAUCUAUGUCGAGGUCAGAUACAGCCCUCACUUUCUUGCCAACUGCAAAGUGCACCCUCUCCCUUGGGGCCAGGAACAGGGAGACCUCACUCCGGAUGAAGUGGUUGACCUUGUUAAUCAGGGAUUAAAAGCUGGCGAGGAGGCUUUCAACAUCAAAGCCAGGUCUAUUCUAUGCUGCAUGCGCCACAUGCCAAGCUGGUCACCAGAAGUGGUAGAACUCUGUAAAAAGUAUCGAAACGACUCUGUAGUUGCUAUUGAUUUGGCUGGGGAUGAGUCAAUAAAUGCGGAGACCUGCCCAGAACAUCGGAAAGCUUAUGAGGAAGCUGAAAGAUGUGGCAUUCAUCGGACUGUUCAUGCUGGUGAAGUUGGCCCACCCCAGGUCAUCAAGGAGGCAGUCAGCAUCCUAAAGGCAGAGCGAAUAGGCCAUGGCUACCACGUCUUGGAAGAUGAAGCUCUCUAUAAGCAGCUAUUGAAACAAAACAUGCAUUUUGAGGUGUGCCCUUGGUCAAGUUAUCUCACUGGAGCAUGUAAACCCAACUUUCAUGAUCAUCCUGUAGUAAGGUUUAUGAAGGAUGGUGCAAAUUAUUCUUUGAACACAGAUGACCCACUCAUUUUUAACUCCACAAUUCACACAGACUACAAAAUAGCGAAGGACUCCAUGGGCUUCACUGAAGAUGAAUUCAAGAGACUGAAUAUAAAUGCAGCCAAGUCAAGCUUUUUGCCAGAGAAGGAGAAGAAGGAGCUUCUCUUCAAGCUGUAUGAAGCCUAUGGGAUGGUAAAAAGCACAGAAUUCUAAUCCUUUCUGUGGCAGCCACUCAUGACCUCUUUUCACAUUUGCUGUUAUGCUAGCUGAAGACCUCUUUCUGUUCCUUGGAAGCCAACGCACAAACUUAGUAUUACAACCUUGUUUACUGUCAGUAUCCACAAAGUGGUACAUGCACUAUCUACAAAGAACAGUAUUCCCAUAUUUGUAUUAUACCUACCUAUAGGACCCUCAUCCCUUGUCCCGGAUGGCUUCUAUCUAGACUACCAUCCGUUACAUUUUGACUGACAUAUAGGAGUGUUCAUUUUUAGAUUGUGGACAGUUUUUAUUUUUCUGAGAACUGACCUUUCAAAAAGAGGGAUUAUGGCUCAUGGUGCAUACUUCAUCUCACUUUUCACUUAGGCAAAGAGUUUUUACAAGGUGUUGGUUUUUUUGGUAUUGAUCCAUUGACCUCUUUCACUUGAGGUGACAGAAGGACAAAGAGGGGUAUAUACUGAGAACCAAACAUCUUACCUUAAGAACAAUUUCCUUACUCUAGUCAUAGACAAAUGUCUGUACUCGGUCUGCGCUCUGUGUCCCUACAUGUGAAAGACAGAGAUGUCUACCACUGAUUUUUUUAUACAGAGGUUUGUCAUCUGUUGGUGAUAAAAACUUUGAUGAAAAUGAAUGUCAAUUCACCCUCAGUCAUCUGUCAGAGUUUUAUAACUGAUGUCAUUCUGAGCUUGUGUUCAACUUUUUUUAUUUCACUGAAUUCAGUACCACUACAGUCUAAUGAAAGCAAAUUUCAUCCAAAGAUAGCUACGUGUAACUAGCAGUCUGAGGGAGUAGCUAGGAAUGCACUUUGUCCAAGAUGUCUUAAACUGGGUUUGUGCAAAGAACAAAAAAAACCCUUUUUAAAAAAAUCACCUGAGUUAACUGAAGAAGACAACCUUUUAAUUUUUAGGCAUUUGAGGUGUCUUGUCCCCCACCUGCAGUAGGGAACCCCCUUAUUUAACAGCAGGUUUGCCCAAGUUAUGUUAUACAUAGCAAUUUUUCCUGGCCUGCCAUUUAGUGGCAAACUAACACUCUGUAAUAAUGCUAGAUGUGGUUUUUUUACAGACCUGUGCACAAUCCAAUUGAGUUGAAGCACCAGAUUUAAUUUUGUUGUAUUAGUCAAUGGGACUAAUUUUGCCUUAACAUGCAAGUACUUUGGUUUUACUGAUUUAACUUGAGCUGUUUGUCAGUACCUUAAAGAAUACAGCCUGAUGCUGUUUUGUGCAGGAAGAGUAGGCAGAGUACAGCAUAAUUUCCAUCCUGUUCUCCUUGCAGUCUUGCAUGUAGAUUGGGCAUUCACAGACCAUAUAGUGGAACAUUCUAGGAAGCUCCGAGUGUGAUAAAGCACUAGUCCUCUUCCCUUCUUAGUCCAGCCUCAAAUAUGUCAGGCUAUCAGGAGGCGCCAUAGUUUUGGGUAUAGCUGUAAUCUCUUUGAAGAUAUCAGAUCUGAUGAAGCCUAUUUGGUACUAUGAGAAAGCCAAGGUCUUGGCAUCUUCCUUUGAAAAAGCUAGAUGUCUUUGUCUGAACAUUCACAGCCCUCCAAGAAUCUAAACAAUACACAUGGCUCCAAAACAUCAUAAUGGACUGCAUGACUCUAUGGAGAACAUGAACUAUUCAGUUUCUAACAGUUCCAUCAUAAGCAGAGCUACAGCCUUCUAAAUCCUUUGGCUUUGUGAAGUGUAACUCUGCUUCGGAUGGCACUAUUAAAUGUGGUAGGUGUUCAGUAGUCCAAUUCACAGCU